AUGGCUCAUAUAAUUGUUAUGAGCGGGAUCGUUAUUUGUUUGGUUUUGCUGCUCUUGAUGCCUUCAGCUUCAGCCCAGGUCGCAUAUUCCAUUUCAGAGGAGGCGAACACUGGGACAUUUGUCGGAAAUAUCGCAAAGGAUCUUAAUUUAAACAUCCAAGAACUGGAAUCGCGUGGAUUUCACAUCCCUGCAGUUUCGGGAAGAAAAUAUUUCGAGGUUAAUUUGAAAACGGGUGUUCUGUUCGUCAGCGAGAGGAUCGACAGGGAGGCGUUUUGCCCUGCUUCUCCGCAAUGUUCGGUGAAUUUAGAAGCCAUUGUUAAUAAUCCAUUAAACCUGUUUCGCAUUGAAAUAAACAUUGUAGAUAUAAAUGAUAAUUCUCCCUCGUUUCGUGUUAGGUCUAUGCAUAUUAACGUAUCCGAAUAUGCAUUUAUUGGAGAUAGAUUUCAGCUGCCGAGAGCGUCGGACCCAGAUGUCGGAGCGAACUCAGUAAAAAGCUACAAACUGAGCCCGAACGAGCAUUUCUCUCUGGAUGUACAAAGCGGAGGAGAGCAAAGUGCUUCUGCUGAAUUAGUGCUGCAGAAAGCUUUAGAUCGAGAAAAACAGCCAGCAAUCCACCUCACUUUGACUGCUGUAGAUGGAGGAAAACCUCCCAAAUCAGGUACAAUGCAGAUAGCAAUACAUGUGCAAGAUGUGAAUGACAACGCACCCGUGUUCGGCAAAGCUCUUUACAAAGUGCGCAUUGUUGAAAACGCACCAUUGGGAACACUAGUCAUCAACCUGAACGCCACUGAUUUAGAUGAAGGCCUAAAUAGUGAAAUUAUUUACUCUUUAGUUCAGCAAGACAGCGAUGAUAAAGCAAGUAGUGUUUUUAAAAUUGAUUCCGCUACCGGCGUGGUUUCUAUGCAGGGGAGGGUGGAUUUUGAAGAACGUAAUGCUUAUGAGAUUCAUGCUCAGGCUAAAGACAAAGGAGCGAGCCCGCGGUCUGCGCACUGUAAAAUAUUAGUAGAGGUUUUAGAUGUGAACGACAACGAGCCUGAAAUAUCUUUAACUUCACAAGUGAACACAGUAAGAGAGGAUGCUAAAAGAGAAACAACGGUGGCUCUGAUAACGAUAUCUGAUAAAGACUCGGGGAAAAAUGGGAAUGUGCAUGGGAAAGUGGUUGGAGAUGUUCCUUUUAAAUUACAGUCGUCAUAUAAGAAUUAUUAUUCUCUUGUAGUGGAUGAACCACUUGAUAGAGAGCGUGUUGAUCGAUAUAAUGUCACAAUCAUGGCGUCGGAUGAAGGUGCUCCACCUCUUUCUGCCACUAGGGUUUUUACUGUGUAUGUAUCUGAUGUUAAUGACAAUCCUCCAAGUUUUCCAAAUCCUGUCAUUAAUGUGUUUGUGAAAGAAAAUGGUCCUAUGGACCAAAUCAUUUACACUCUUUCAGCUGUUGAUCCAGAUUUAAAUGAAAAUUCCAAAAUCACUUAUGGAUUAUUGGAACCGCUUCACAAAUCUGGAAGCACAUAUUCUGCUAUUACUAUAAACUCCGACACUGGAGAUCUGCACAGUUUACAGUCGUUUAACUAUGAGGAGAUCAAAACAUUUGAGUUUAAAGUUCAGGCCACAGACUCUGGUGUUCCUCCGCUCAGCAGUAACGUGACUGUAAAUGUGUUUGUCCUGGAUGAGAAUGACAACAGUCCCGCGAUUCUCGCGCCCUAUUCCGAGCUCGGUUCCGUUAACACCGAGAACAUUCCCUAUUCUGCUGAGGCGGGCUACUUUGUGGCCAAGAUCAGGGCUGUAGAUGCAGAUUCUGGUUACAACGCGCUGUUGUCCUACCACAUCUCUGAGCCCAAAGGAAACAAUCUGUUCCGAAUCGGAACCAGCAGCGGGGAGAUCAGGACUAAGAGGAGAAUGAGUGACAAUGACCUGAAAACUCACCCGCUGGUCAUUUUGGUUUGUGAUAACGGAGAGCCCUCACUGUCAGCGACUGUGUCUAUUGAUGCUGUGGUUGUUGAAAGCGGAGGUGACGUCAAGACUCCAUUCAGACAUGCGCCGGUAAAGGAGGAGAGUUUCUCGGAUUUAAAUCUGUAUUUGCUGAUCGCCAUUGUGAGUGUGUCCGUCAUCUUUUUACUGAGCCUCAUCAGUUUGAUAGCUGUGAAAUGCCACAGGACAGACAGCAGUUUGGGCAGGUACAGCGCCCCGAUGAUCACCACACACCCUGACGGGAGCUGGUCUUACUCCAAAUCUACUCAGCAGUAUGACGUGUGUUUUAGCUCAGACACACUGAAGAGUGACGUAGUGGUUUUCCCCGCGCCAUUUCCGCCUGCAGAUGCAGAACUGAUCAGUAUUAAUGGAGGAGACACGUUCACCAGAACACAAACACUGCCUAAUAAAGAGAAGCCUAAAGUUCCCAGUUCAGACUGGAGAUAUUCGGCGUCCCUCAGAGCAGGAAUGCAAAGUUCUGUCCGUAUGGAGGAGUCCUCUGUGAUGCAGGGAGCUCAAGGAGUCCUGGUUCAGAACUGGCCCACCGUUUCCAGCGCUCCCGAUAAUGAGGGUGGAGAGGUGUCUCCACCUGUAGGCGCUGGAGUGGACAGCAACAGCUGGCAUUUCCGAUAUGGGCCGGGUCCCGGAGGCCCUCCGCACCUGAAACCCGGUGAAGUUCCUCCCGAAGCCUUCAUCAUCCCUGGAUCUCCGGCCAUUAUUUCCAUCAGACAAGGACAGGACGGUGACGACAAGAGCGACUUUAUUACCUUUGGGAAAAAGGAGGAGGCCAAGAAGUUAAAGAAGAAAAAGAAGAAGGAGAAGAAGGAUAAGCGGGAGAAAGGGAAGGAUGAUGAUGAUUAGAGAGACAGAGGAAGGAUGUCUUUUAAAAGACAGAAGUCUCAACGAAAGUCUGUAGAACAAAAAGUGUGCGUUUAUUAAGUCUGAGAUGCAUAUUUGGGAGCUCGUCCAAAUGUUUUCUUUUUACAAAAACGUUCCUGUUUGAUUACACAAAUACAUGGCAUCCCUUUCCAUUUCUUAAUGAUGAAACUGAUUAAUCUUGCCUGUUAGAUUACUGAUUAGUGUUCUCUACAAUUCAGACUGGAGUUGGUACGUCUGUCUUUUUCAUCCGAUUGGCUUUUGUUUUCCUUUUGAUAGGAAGACAAAAUCUGAUGUAUAAUGUUUGUUAGCUGUGUGCCGCUUCAAGUGUGUUAAAAUGCAGGAGGGAAAAAAAAAACUGCACAUGCUGGUGUAAAUAUGCAGGUCGAGGUGUGUGAAGACGCUAAGUUAACGCUUUUUGCUCAUUCACUUCUCCUGGUGCAGGAUGGGAGAAACAUCCUGUAAAACGAGAGACGCUGAUACAUACUUUCACACAGAGGACACAAAAAAAGUCUCACAUCCUCGAAAUAAA